GGCCGCGGUGCAUUGUGGGCAGCCCGUUGUUCAUUUGCCACCCGACCCGAUCCGGGGCCUGUCGGGACGGAAGCGCCGCCGCCGCCGAGCGAUCGAGCGGGAUCCAUUGUGGGCAGCCCCGCGCCCGCCGCGAUCCAGGCCGGACCCGGGGGAGCGGGGAGCGAGCGGCCGGACUUCGCUUCUCUCGGCCGCCGCCCCCGCACGGCAGCCGGGCGCCUCCUUCCCCCGCCCCGUUCCCGCGGCGGACGGAGCGCUCGGCCGGGCGGGGGGCGCGGGGCGCGCCCGCCAUGUUCGCGGAGAUAAACCGGCGGACCCUCGCGUUCCGCGGCGGCGGCCUCGUCACCUCCGCGGCGGCCGCCUCGGCGGCGGGGGCCGAGGCCUGGGAGCGGCAGGACCCCGAGGCGCUGAACGGGCGCGGGGCGGACGAGGAGGCGGAGCUGGAGGGGCUGGAGGCCGAGGAGCUGGAGGCCACCGCCGCCGAGGAGAAGGAGCUGCUGCUGCCCCAGGACGCGGCGUCGCCCCCCGCCGCCGCUGGCCCCAUGUUCGCCGAGAGGAACCGCCGGACUCUGGCCUUCCGCGGCGGCGGGGGGCUUCUGGCCGCCCACCCCGCCACCAACAAUGGCUGCGAGGCCGCGGCCUGGCCGCGGAAGCACUUCAAUGGGCGGGGGGCGGACGAGGAGAUGGAGCUGGAGGGCGCGGAGGGACUGGAGACCGAGGGGCUCCUGGAGGGCAAGGAGCUGGUCCAGGACGGGGGUUCGCUGAGUGACAGCAGCGACGACGAGGAGGACGGCGAAGGGGGCAGCCUGGGCGACGGCAGCGGCGCCGAGGGCGGCAGCUGCAGCAGCAGCCGGCGGUCGGGGGGCGACGGCGGGGACGAGGCGGAGGGCAGCGGCGAGGGGGAGAGCAUCCGGCACUUCCCGCUGGCCAGGCCCAAGUCCCUGCUGCAAAAGCUGCACAUCUCCUUCCAGGGCUCCUGGCUCAAGGAGUUCCCGUGGCUCUACUACUGCCAAGAGACCGGCCUCAUGUCGUGCGCCUGGUGCACCGCGGCCGUCGCCGCUGCUGCGCCCCCCGAGGUGAUCAUGUCCGGCGCGCCCCUGCCCGGGGGGCACGACGAGCUCUGCAAGGGCACCCGCAACUACAAGCGCACCCUGCUCCUGCGGCACCACCUCUCCGCCGAGCAUCGCCUCAACGAGCCCGGCAGCGCCGAGCAGGAGACAGAGUUACCAUCAGAACUGAAUAAUGAAGGAUACUGUGAUUUUAACAGCAGGCCAAAUGAGAACUCUUACUGCUAUCAGCUCCUGCAAGAGCUCAACGAGCAAAGGAAGAAAGGCAUUCUUUGUGAUGUUAAUAUUGUGGUGAGUGGGAGGGUCUUCAGAGCUCACAAGAACAUCCUGGUUGCAGGCAGCCGCUUCUUUAAGACUCUGUAUUGCUUUACAAACAAAGAAAGCCGUAACCAAACCACUGUUACCUAUUUAGACGUUGUUGCUGUUCAAGGUUUUUCUGUCAUCUUGGACUUCUUGUAUUCUGGGAACCUCGUGCUUACGAGCCAAAACGCCAUUGAAGUGAUGUCGGUGGCCAGCUACCUUCAGAUGACGGAGGUUGUCCAGUCCUGCCGCAACUUCAUUAAAGAUGCCUUAAACAUAAGUAUAAAAUCAGAAGCUCCAGAGACUGUUGUAGUGGAUUACAAUAGAAGAUCUGUUAGUAGGGAUGGUUUAUCUCCAAGGGAUCAAAAAGUUGCCAGCUUCUGGGCAACACGAAACCUCACCAACUUGGCAAGUAGCAUAAAAACUGAGAAUGAUACUUACCCUAUUGAUGAGGGCCAAAUGGAAAGCUACCAAAUGAAUGACUGCAGUUGGGUCCAGGACAGCUCACCUGAAAUGGCUGAAAAUGAAUCUCAAGGUGAGGGAAAAGUUUUCGUGUGGAAUGACAUGGGUGCACAGGGACAAUCAGUUCAAGAACCUGGAAAAGCAAGAAGGAAAAACCAAACUGCAAAGAGAUUUAUUUAUAAUAUACCACCUAAUACUGAAGAGAACUCUGAAGAUUGCUCAGUGUUGCAACCAUCAGUCCCAUAUCCAGAAGAAGAUUUGUCAUUUAUUAAAGAAGAAGCAGCUACUUCAAGUGACUUCAAGUAUGGACUGUUGCCGGGUACUUCAAAUGACUUCAAGUACGGAUUGCUGCCGGGUACUUCAAGUGACUUCAAGUAUGGGCUGCUACCGGGUACUUCAAGUGAUUUCAAGUAUGGAUUGCUGCCAGAAUCUUGGCCAAAAGAAGCUUGGGAAAAUGGCGAUUCCUCUGCUUUAAUCAUGAACAAGUUGAAGUGUCCACACUGUAAUUAUGUAGCCAAAUACAGAAGAACACUAAAGAGACACUUGCUCAUUCACACAGGAGUGAGAUCUUUCAGUUGUGACAUCUGUGGGAAGCUGUUUACACGAAGAGAGCAUGUAAAGAGACAUUCCUUGGUGCAUAAAAAGGAUAAAAAGUACAAGUGUAUGGUGUGCAAGAAGAUUUUCAUGCUAGCAGCCAGCGUUGGAAUAAGACACGGAUCACGACGUUACGGAGUUUGUGUAGACUGUGCAGAUAAAUCUCAGCCUGGAGGGCAGGAGGGAGCAGACCAGGUGCAGGACACAGAUUUCCCUAGGGAUGAAGAAUACGAAGAGAAUGAAGUGGGAGAAGGCGAUGAGGAGCUGGGUGAUGAUGUAGAAGAACAGAACGAGCAGUCUCGAUGGGAUGAAGGCGGGGAAGUCUGUAUGCCUUUAGAUGACUGACAGCACGAGACUUCAGGGUGCUGCAGGUGGACACUGUACGGAUUGACUGCUUGAAUUCUUGGACUGAAGGCUUGCGAAAUAUGGUACAGGCUGGAUGGUAGUUAUGUUGCUGUGAAAAUGUAGGGUCAAAGCCUUAUAGCAAAAAAAGGAUUAUUAAUUUUUUUAUGAUAUUUGCACAGGACUGUACAGCAUACAACCGUUUGGUUGAAUUAUACAGAGUCCUCACAUCUACAGUCAGUUAUCAAAAGAAAAAUGUAUUUUUUAUUAUUUAUAGGCUAUAGCUACUUGGGUCCUAUUCAGACAUAGUAGUAACUGUAAUUAUGUUACACAUUCAUGUACCUGUUAACAUGAAUGAAGAAAUUUGCAAUUUGGUAUGGAAAUACGAAGACAGCUUUCCCAAAUCCACUCGUACUUUUGUCAGCAAGUCAGUGAAGCUAAUUUGGGCUGGUGGCUCAUUUUCCACAAGCAUGUCUUUGCCAUACAAACCUUACCUCUCCUGUAAUCUGAUAGGUGAAAGCCAAUCAUUUAAAUAUGUGUCACAGAUAUUGCCAACACCGUAUUGAAAUUUGGGUUGAAAACUUUUGGCUCUAUGCUGGCAGGUGCUAUGGGUGAUAAGCACUGGAGAAGUCUUUUAAUGGCAUUAAUUUAGUGUCUGUUUUUAAAGAAGGUUGUUGUUGAUUCAUCAGUUUUAAAAUGAUAAUGCAGAAGAAAUGACCAGUAAUGAAACAAUAGACUGAUCAGAGCAUGGGUAACUCUUGUGCCACUUAGUCAAAAGAGACAGUCAUGCUAAAAGGUAUCUGAUGUAAUAAUGUUUCUUCUCCCUUCUAAGGCCCCCCUUCUCUCAAAAUUUUUUUGUUUCCCUGGUGUAUACCUCAGUCCCACAGAAUAAAAAUGCAAGGAAUGGAGAAAGUGUCAUAUUAAAACAACUUUUUGGUCAAUAAUUUCUUACUUGUCCGUUUUUUGGCUAGUUUAUGUGAUAUGAAUUGGACACUAGGCUAUUGUGCCCAUCUUUCAUCAUUGAACACAAAGUAAUUUUUAUUCUUUUGUACUUCGUGGGUUGUUGUUAGUAUUUAAUAUAAACAAACUACAUUUAACUUGCUCAUUUGCUGGAAUUUUUUUUUUUUUAAGAAAAACAAGAAGUCCAAAGGAAAAAAUGCUCUUUGAGUUGUCUACUUUUCAGGAGGAUAUGCUCCUUAUGCUCUUUGUUUCAGAUUUUCUAGGAGGCAUUGAAACUUGAAUUUUUUGUAGCCAUGUAGUUCUUUCUUUUUUUUUUCCUAAGCUUGUAAUAUUGUACCAAUGAUUUCAGGCCCCUUUAAUAGGGAGGGGAGGGCAUUACACCUUCACCUUAAACUCCUCUGUGUUGUCUAGCCUAAGGCAAGUUAAUUCAGGCAAUCAUUGGAACAAUAAGUCUGAUGUACUAUUAUGUCACAGUGAGUAAAUAUGCAGAGCAUUUGUCAUGACACAUAGCUAGGCCAGUGUGACAGUACUGUAUAAAAAACAAUUGAGGGUCACCAUAUUUUUCAACUUUGUUUAAUUUUAAAGUGAGUAUAUUUUUUCCUGUUUUGUCAGGUAACUAAAUUAUGGUAGUUGUGUGGAUAACUUUGAAUUAUGCUUUGAUGGACAAAAUCUUACUGGUGCUCCAUCUGAUCAAAGUUGGUAUGUAUUUAAAGAGACAAGCUUUACUGUUGUCCAUAGAACAGUAACAUAAUGUUAAGACAUUGUUUUUGCUGAUGGAAACUGAGAUGAUAAGUUUGAACUACAGUUAUAUGGGAAUUAAAAUGCUUUUUUUUAUCAUCCACUUGUUUCAUUGGUAGUUUCCACAUCAUUGUAAUCCUGACAUGAAUAGUUUUUUGGGGAGGGUGGGGAGGGCAGGGUACCUUUUUUUACACUGAAGAUUACAUUUUAUUCUCAUUGUUCUAGACUGAAACGAGUAAUGUGUAAUUCUGGUGGGGUCCAAAGUAGAAAUUAGUUGGGCAAAAAUGAUAUGAAUGAAAAAGUAUUUUAAACGUUAAAGUAAUGUUCUGCUUUGUGAAUAUGUAAGUAUAGCAUAAAGAUUUUUCCAUCCCAUUUAUCCCUUUUAAAACCAUAGUUUACAAUUGGUAGAUCUGUCUAUAUAUAUAAAUAUAUAUAUAUAUCUGAAAUUCACCUAAAUCUGCUUUAUUAGAAUACUGCUCACUUAAUGCUUAGAAACUGGACCUGGCUCUACAUUCUUAAUGUAUUUUCCUUUUUUUUCCCCUUUUGUUUUGUUGGGAUUUUUUCUUCAAGGUAUGAACUUAUUCUCUUGGAACUGAAUCUUCUUUUACUACUUAAAUCAUUUAUGUAUAUCUGGUAAAUUAUGACCAAAUUUGUUGUUAGACUGCAUUACAGUAAAUUGAAAUAUACACUUGGUACACUACAGAA